AUGGCUGUUGGGCCUUCUGCACCCUCAUUCCCACCUGGACCCCCUUUCCUUGUCUCUCCCCCUGUCACCCCUUCCGUUUACCUCCCGUCCCCCUCACACCAGGCGGGUCGGCGCACCACAGCAUGGCCGCACGUGCCUGACUGCUGCUGGGCCUUCUGCACCCUCAUUCCCACCUGGAAGCCUGUUGCCCUUCCCUUGUUUCUCCCCCUAUGCCCUUGCCUUUCCCCCUCCAACCAGGCGGGUCGGCGCACCACAGCAUGGCCGCACGUGCCGGACGGCUGCUGGGCCUUCUGCACGCUCGUUCCCACCUGGACGCCCACCUAUCCUCCCGGCUCCUCUACUGCUGGUGAUGGUAGUGUUGCUGCUACUUCCACUGCCGCUGCUGCUGCUGCUGCUGCUGGUGCUGCCGCUGCUGCAACAUCUUCUGGAGGGGCCAGGCUUAGGAGUCCAGGGGGGGGUAGCGGCGACCUGGGCGCGUCUCUGGUCUCCGCGCUCUUCCCCAAGGCGUCUGAUCCGGCUCCUGUCGUGGUGAGUAUCAGAGGUGCUACUUCUGGUGGUGCUGCGGCUGCAGCAACAGCUUCCAGAGGGGCCAGGCUUAGGAGUCCAGGGGGGAGCAGUGGCGAUCUGGGCGCGUCUCUGGUCCCCGCGCUCUUUCCCAAGGCGUCCGAUCCGGCUCCUGUUGUGGUGAAUCUGAGAAAGGUCAAAGGGUUCUUCCACGUGUGUGUGGGAGUGAGGUCCCCUCGAGGCAUCACCUCUGUCACUCGUGUUCCCAGGAGAUUCUCCGACUUCAUCAAUCUCUACAGCAUGCUGCUCCGCUCCUUUGAUCGUCGUCGCCUCCCCGUCCCUCCUCCCAAGCUGCCGCUGCAAAGAGUAUCCACCGACAGCCACCGUCUGGAGCAGCGGCGCCGUGCUCUAGAUGUGUGGCUGCACCAGCUGUUAGACGAUGUGGAGGUGUCUCGUUCUCGACCCAUGGCCGCGUUUCUUGAACUUGAGAGGGUUGCCAGAGCAGCUGCUUUGGCAGAGGACGAGGCGGAGGAGGAGGGGGAGAGAGGGGAGGGGGGAGCAGAGGAGGACGAGAACGUUCUAGAAGCAUCUGGCAGGCGGAGGAGGGCAGUGGGUGCAUCUGUGGCGAAUGCUGCAGGGAAAGGCGCAGCAGCAACGGCAGCUACUGCAGCAGCAGGAGUAGGAGGAGGUGAAGGAGGAGGAGAAGGAGGAAGAGUGGGAGUGGGAGGCUUAAGCUUGUGGGGUUUUGGGAGCGGGUCGGCAGCUAGCAGUGUGACUAAAGUGAAUACAGCAGCAGCAGCGGUGGUGGCAGCAGCAGCAGCAGCUGGGAGUGAUAACAUGGGGCGUGACUAUGCAGGAAGAGGAGGGAGCGACGCAGGGAGCGGGUUUGAGUACCACGAUGGUUCCCGCAUGGUGGCUUUCACACGGGACUUUUCAGACGCCUCUUCUGUCACUUCCUCUGCUGUCACGCCCUCCCCUCACCCCGCCUCCUCGCACCCUCUCGCCUCGUUUGAAGCACCUCUUGAGUCGCCUGCUUUUGAGAAAUCUCAGAAGCUUUCUACUCUCCCAGCCGCUGCCUCACACCCUCUUGCCUCGUUUGAGGCAUCUCCGUUAAGCAGAGAGGUUGGAGGAGCAGGGGAUGGUGGUAUGAGCACGCAGCUAGACGUGAACAGUACCAGUAUGAACAGUGCUGGUGUGAACAGUGCGGGUGUGAACAGUACCAGUAUGAACAGUGCGGGCAUACCAGCAGGGCUGGGGGCAGAAGGCGAGGGGGCAGGAGGAGCAGAGGGAGCAGGAGGGGUAGGAGCAAGAGGAGAGGGGGAACGGGUAGGGGAGGGAGCACAGAGGGAGGGGCGUUUAGAGGAGGAAGGAAUGGAUGGGAAAGAGAUGAGAGUGGGGCCGGGGGGAGAAAGGAGGCUUGAAGGAAGGGGGAUUGUUGACGACGGGGAGGAAUUGGGUGAACGGGUUAGUGGAGGGAGGGAAUUGGGAGAGGGAAGGAUGGCAGCGAAUGGGAGUGUGGAUGGUAGCAUGGAUGGGCAUGCAAGUGUGCUGCCACGUACUGUUAUUGAUGGCGACGCCACCGCACCGCACAGCACCACACCGGACAUUAACGCACCGCACAGCACCAUACAUGCCGGUGACGCCGAGCUCAUGGCGGAGCUGGUUCAAGGCGUUUCCGGGCAGGUGGCGCUGAGCCUGCCCGAGGAGAAACGGGCAGCGGUGAAAAAGAUGCUGAUGGGGCUUCGGAGGCGACUGGUAGCUGCCCAGACGGACAUGGGCGAGUUGAUGGAACGAGUGGCACAGGAAACUGCUGUGAAGGAGUUUCUAGCGAGCAAGGUGCGGGGGUUGGAAGCUGAAUUGGAUGCGGAGAGGAGGAAACUGCGAGCCGAGGUGGCGAGGGAGGUGCGGGAGGAAAGAGAGAGGCAGCUGGCGGCACAGUGGCAGGCAGAAGAAGACCGGGCUGCGCUGGGCGAAGCGAGAGAGACUGUUGGGAGACUGGAGAAAGAGAAAGCCGAGCUACAGCAGCAGCUGCAGACAGCAACAGAGGAGCACCAGAAGGCACAACAAGACAAGGCUGCUGAGCUGGCAGCUGCGCGGGCGGCGGAGGCUCAGGCUCGGGCUGAAGCAAAGCUGCUGGCUCGGGAGGUAAAGGUGCUUCGACAGGCCGUUGCCGAGGCUGAGAGGAAGAGGGGGGCGGCAGCGGAGCGUGCUGCUGAGCUGGAGGCCCAACAGGAGGCGUACAGUGAUGCCGUAUCAGCUUGGCAAUCCAAGGCAGAGCGCUUCCUCCACGAGGUGCGGGUGCUGCGGCAGCGCAUGAAAGAUGCUGCUGUGGAACGGCUUUCUGGGGAUGACGGGACAGGAGGGAGCACGGAUGGGAUGAAUAGAGGAGGAGGAGCGAGAGGAGAAGGUGGUGAGGAGGCGGAGCCAUCAACAAUUGGGCCAGGAGGAGAUGCAGGAGGAGAUGCAGGAGGAGGGGCAGGAGGAGGGGCAGGAGGAGGAGAAGGAGUGCAAGAGGAGAUGGAGCUUCUUGUUACGUCGGACAGACGACUUGAACUGCUGGCAGCAGAGGCACGUCUACUGAAGCCUGGAAGCUCAGCUUCUGCACUCGAUAGCAACAGAUUUGAUACCAGUACAAGCCAUUCGAAUGAUAGAAGUGGUGUACUUGGUGGUACGGCUGAAGUAGCCAUGCAGGUGCCAAUCAACAGCUGUGAUGACUCGUUCGGAGAUCGACAGGGUGAAGAUGGAGGCAGAGUAUUGGGCAGAGUUCAUAUGGUGGACGGCGCAUUUCGUCAUGUUGUGGGUGACUUGCUAGAGGACGAAGCAUCGCUUAGGCGCAGAUCACAGUCGGCGCGAACAGCCAUGGCAGCGAUUACUCUAUCCCGCAAGGCGCUAAGCGGAAUCUUUUCGCGAUCCGUCGCAGCCGUCCCAGCAGCAGCCACGUUGGCUCUGCACACGUCAUCGCUGGUCGCUGACGCAAGCAUCCUUCGCAACGACACGUCACCACCAUCGCCAUCCACGUCACCAUCCUCACCUCCACCAUGCCCCGCCCAAACCCCCGCUCUCGAGUCACACCAAACCUAUCCCCGGGCCUCCUUCCAAGCCGCAGCCACAGGCUCGUCAUCCCCUUUGCCAUCCUCGCUAUUGCAUCACCAUCAGCAGCCGCUGCUGCAAUUUCUAACCAGAGGAGGAAGGGGACCUUGCGAGUCCUUAACCAGAGGAGGAGAAGGGAAGGUUGAAGGGGCUCCUACAGUUUUCACUGGCGCAUUUGGAUCAAGCGGUGCUAGGGGGUACAGCUCGGUGGAUAUCCAUGGCACCACGGUGCUGUGCGUGCGGAAAGGAAACUCAGUGGUGAUUGCAGCGGACGGGCAGGUCACAAUGGGAGCGCAGAUCUUAAAGCCCAACGUGCGCAAGGUGCGACGGCUGGGGGAGAAGAAAUCGGUCAUUGCCGGCUUCGCAGGCACCACAGCAGAUGCAUUCACUCUCUUCGACCGCUUCGAGUCUCGGAUUGACGAAUAUCCAGUCGCCCCCGCCCCUUUCCGUUUCUCUGUUGUCCUUCCCUCGCUUACUCUGCUCCCCGCUGCUUCCGCCUUUCCCAUUUUUCCGCAUCCCCUGACGCGAGCAGCAGUGGAGCUAGCAAAGGCGUGGCGAACCGACAAGUACCUGAGGAAACUGGAUGCCAUGCUGGUAGUGGCAGAUGCCAAAGUGUCUCUCACUAUAACGGGCAAUGGGGAUGUGUUGGAGCCGCAUGAUGGAAUCAUCGGCAUUGGUUCUGGAGGUCCCUAUGCAUUGGCAGCAGCUCGAGCACUGGCAGAUAUCCCUGACUUGACGGCUGAAGCCAUAGUAAAGAAGGCGAUGCGCAUCGCAGCAGACUGUUGCAUUUACACCAACGAGAAUGUAACCAUGGAGCAAAUCACCACGGGGGAUGAACCAGCUUCUUCAUAG